UUCUAGCAAACAAAGAGAAUGUUUCGAAGUGAGAAAAAUAAUUUCUGAUAAAAUAAUAGCUUUUUUAUCGUCACUGUCCUUACUCGUUCACCUGGCGAUGUUAUCGACUCUUUGUGCAAACGUCAUAAAUGUACCAAAAUCACAAACCUAUUUUUAACCGUGGCAUCGAAACCAAGUUUUUAUCGAUUUUUCAUUUAACUUUUAUCAUUCAAUCGCAUCCGUAGAACAGAAAUACACGACGUUGUCAUUGUAAGUCAAGUCCGUAAGAAAUAUCUAGGGAGCCUAAUCAGAUUUCCUGUCGAGAUAUUACAGAAUUAUUGGAAAUCCCGAAGCGAAACGAGGUGCCAGCCAAAGAUGAUGUUCAAUUAAUUGGGUUCGCGACCAUAGUUAUCGGCUACGAUCUUUCUGCUCCAUGCCCAUAAAAAAAGAAUCUCAGCAAAAGUGAGAAGACCAGAUAUCUCCUCCAUUUUAAAACGCGACUCUAUUCACAUGCCGCGCUUCUUAUUUAAAAUAGGGCAGAUGCGGUAAUUAAGGACGCUUGUGGCAGCAUUUAUUUAUAAUUAGAUGGAAAAUGCAACGUCACGGGAACAACGUUUUUUAAAUGUCACGACACCGCUGCGAAGUACGGCAGUACGAAAUGUAAUUUAAAAUAUUAAUUGUGCUCUAGAAAAUACGCGGGGCGGUAUUUGAGACCUGAGAGAAUCAUCCCGUUUUGUGAUUGUCACAUUCACGAACCGUCGUGCUUUUGAGUAACUCAGUACAAUUAAUUACUACACGGAUAUAUAAUUGUCUGAUUGUGGCCACGGCGAACAUAUGAUCGUAUAUUUCGCUAAUGGUAUUAUUUCUACAAAGAUAUUAGAUGUCGAAUGUUUUAUCACUUUAGAUACCUCGAAUUAUUCGAAACGCAAUUCUAUUUUUCUUCCACGAAAAUUUUAACGCUUAUUUUACCCAACAUUCUUCACGUACUUUACACAAUAACCUUGGCAUUUAAACUUUAAUCAUUCUACAGUUAAAAAAAAGUUCAUAUUUUAUUUAAAAUUAAUUAAAUGUGGACUUGUAACUUUCUUAAGCUGAAUUCCUCGCUUUUAAAUCGCCAUCAAUGCGGACGUCGCUAGCCUCUGACAUUUCUCUUAAAAGGAACAUCAAUUUCAGGAGAAUCGGAGAAUUUCAAAGAGGACCGGUGAGAUAAAAAUCUAGGGCACCUGAUGUACGCGAAAACGAGAAUGAUAUUUAAUAAUUAAUGCUCUGUACUCGCGCACGACGGGGGCGCAUCUAUUCUGAAAGGUGAGGAUUGAAAGGCGUUUUGAAAGUCUAGAAUGUAACAGCAAAAGAUGGUUAUUGAAACGCCGUUACUCUGGCAACACUCCAAUUCCAGAGGAAGCAUCGGGAAACGCUUUCUGUGGAUAUACAUCGUUUCACACUCCACUCGACCCAAUAAUUACGCCAAGUUCGUGGAUUCCCAAACUGUCUCCUCAUUCUCCCCCUCCCUCGUCUCUCUCUCUCUCUCUCUUUCUCUCUCUGUGUCCACGAUGUUCCGUCAUGCGAUGGAAACUCGCGAAAUAGCUUGUUGCUUCGAUCGUUCGCUCCGACGUCAUUUCGAGCCGAUCGAUGAGCCCAAGAGGCCACAAGAACUGCCAACGACAUAAAUUUCGCUCUGUUAGAUCCUGUCACAACUUGUCAAAAACAAUUGCAAUAAGAUAUAUCUAUAUCGGCGGUGCGUUGGCGUGGCGGGAAAACAACAACAACAACAACAACAACAACAACAACAACGACGACGACGAUAACGAGGACGAGAUAGGCGUCGCGUCGCACGCGCGACGUCCGACGAUACAUCGCGGGGGCGACGCUUUAAUCGCCUACAAAGAAACAAAAUCAUGCGUCUCCUGACGGCGGCCGGCGCCGAUAUCAUUCCCGCACGCAGUAUCACCGAGGAUGUAUCGUUGGACAGCGAUGUUGGCUCGCGCGGGUCCGAGAAGUGCGGCGGCAGCAGCAGCAGCAGCAGCAGCAGCAGCAGC